AACCUACAUAUCAACAAUGGUUCUUCGUUUUUCAGGCAUGGAUGUUGUGGAUAGAAGGGAGGCCAAUGGUACUGAUUGAGAAUGUCCUUAGUGAGUUUACUACACCAUCAGAAGUUUUGAGAUGCAUUCACAUCGGGCUCUUAUGCGUGCAGCAGAGACCAGAAGACAGACCAGAUAUGUUAUCGGUGGUUCUAAUGUUGAGGGGUGACAGUGCAUUGCCUGAACCAAAGCAGCCUGGGUUUUUCACAGGAAGGAACCUGCCAGUAGUUGAGUCUGCAGGAAGCAGGCAUGAUUCAAGUUCAAUAAAUGAGGUUUCUAUUACGCAAUUAGAUGGACGAUAGUGUAAAAAAAUGAAGUAGCAAAAAAUGGUAUUCAAUUGUCACAGAAAUGAUUACCAAGAUGAUAUUCCACCUUCAAUUCAGUGCAUUUGAAAUUGAAGUCGCUUUGCGUUGACAAGAUAAUAAGAAACGUAUUUUACAGCUAUUAAAUUUGGUCCUUGAAAUAAAUAGUUCUAAUUACC